AUGGACACCAACAUGAUCGAGACCACCGUGUCGAACUCCGAGAACAACGACCGCAAACCUCACGCCACGAUGCCAGACCUGAAGAAGGAGCUGAAGGACCUUCAAAGGAACGCCCACAAAACAAAGAAGACUGUGAGGGGCGCGGGCAAACGACUGGAUGAGCUAAAAGGGCGAUAUGCUGAAAACCAGGGAGGAGAGCAAGCGGGAGGGAGCACAGGAGAGCAAAAGCCAGGGAAGAAGGGUGAGAAAUAG